CACGGGGAGAGAAACAAGCAGCUCGGAAAUCCUGAUCAGUACAAUCGUACGUGUAUACAACAACCUGAUCAAUCACAACCCGAUUCGAAACCGUAUGUGUAUUGAAAUUAGUUGGCGAUUCGUAACCGUGAUCCGACACGGAUACCUGUUUAAUACUACUACGUAUUUGUUUUUUCCAAACGGACUAUCCCCCUUUUAAUACUCCGUACCAAGAGGACGCACACCUCGGAAACAAGCAGGCAGCUCCCAAGAUAUCAAUGAACAUGCAGGAGGAGCCUUCGUCCCUGUCCCAGUGGUCAGACCUGCCACCGGACGUGCUCCGCGAGAUCUCCGGUCUCCUGCGCGAAGCUGGCGAUGUCGUCAGCUUCCACGCCGUCUGCAAACCAUGGCGCGAUUCACACGAGCAGACGAGGAAGCGGAAGCAGUCGGGCCUGCCAUGGCUCCUCGCGCCAGACAAGAUGAUUGAUCCGUUCUUCAUCAAUAUGAGAUGCAUCUUCUCCAGGAGGAGCUACUAUGCGCAGCCGCCGUUCUCCAUGCAAUCGAGGAACUGGGUUGCCAGCGCCGACGGCACCGCCGUCUGGUACUUGGCCGAGAGCCCCAGCCCCAGCCUCCGCGACCCUCUGACCGGAGCCGUCACCCUCCUCCUGCCUCCCUUCCCGCACGAGAAAGGCCCGUGGAAGUGUUCUCCCAACGGCAUCGUCUACAGCGACGGCGCCGUCCUCCUGUACCACAUCUCCCGGUAUGUCCAUGGCGACCCGAGAAAGUUCAGGGCGGCGCUCCUGCGCCCCGGCGACGCCACAUGGAUGGUUGUGGACAGGACUUUCAGGUCCGCCGACUUAAAGGGCAUGUACGUCUCCUAUUACCAUGGAAAGAUCCUGAUUACCGUCGACGGUCCGGUGCUGACGCCAGACGACGAGGCAGGCAUCGGCGACGUGCUGGCAUUGUCGAGGCCGUGGUUGCCAGGAGAGCUCGACGACUACAUCCAAAUCAUCCACAGGCACAGCUACACGCUGGAGUCCCGUGGCGAGCUUCUGUGCGUGUCCAUUUACAUCGACCGGGAUUACCCGUACGCCUACGGCGGGAAACCCAACGUUGGUGGUCUGGUUCGCUCGCUACGGAUGCGUGUGCACGCCCUAGUAGAGGACGAGUCGGCGCCUGGAAAAUUGCGUUGGGUGAAGAAAGACGGCGAUAGCCUGGCUGACCGCGUGUUAUUCCUUGGGCGGCCAAACAGCUUCUCUGUGGACGCCUCGCGGCUCAACGGCGGCAGCGAUGCCGUGACUGGUGGAUGUGCCUACUUUAUCUACCAGGAACUCGGUGUCAUGCCGGAUCGGCCAAGCUGUGUGUUCAGAUACAACUUCAUGCAUGAUAGCGCCAGGUUUGUUGAACGGCUGCCUGAAGGAUGGGACAAUUAUUUGUACAUGUGGCUCUUCCCCCAGCCCUCCAUUGCUCCAACCCAGGAAAUCAUUGCUCGGCUUGAGGGUCGAAAAUGGUGGAAGAAGAAGAAGAAGGAGCCGCAUAUGGCUCCAACUCCAACGAGUAAUAUUUACAAGGACGAUAUACCUCAGCUACAAUGUUACAAUACUAAUCUCAGGGUGUAUGUGGAAAACCUACCUCCUAAGGUGGGUAGCUUUCAGCUAAGAAAGUUCUUGAGCAAGUAUGGAAAAGUGUCCAACGUUCAGGUGGUGUGUAAGAGAAAGAACAAGAAGUCAACGAAAAUUGGGCUCGUGAACAUUGCGAUGAUGGAGAAACGGGCAGAUGCGCUCGCUACUCUCAACGGACUGGUUUUUAAUGGACACACCCUCUAUGUGAGGUUGCUGCGGAUGUGGAAGGGACGAGGCAUGCCCCCUGCCGGAUCAAAUCAGCAUAGUCAUGGCAAUCUUAUAUGUAUUGUUUUGUUGUUAUUUUUCUUUAUUUUUACGGUGUGGUGGAAGCUUAUCUAAUUCAGAAAAUUGCUUCCAUGAAAGAAUCUCAAACUCAUUCAUAAUAUUCCUCUAUUGCUAACCCUCUUUGUCUUUGGGGAUGAACAAUUUCUUGGAUGGAUAUAUGUGAA